CGGAGGUAUGUGACUUCCGGGAAGAUAAUCUCGCUGAUUCCGGUGAAAACUAGGUUUUUGAUUAUGUUAGUGAUUGCCGGUAAACUAGAGUUUUCUGGUUUGAUAUGACUGUUCGAUGACCCCCAAAAUAUUCUUAUAUAUUUACUGGAAUUAGAGAGAGAGAGAAGUGGUAUUAUUAGCUUUAGAGUGGUUGACCUUAUCGGCCAGUGACCCUUAACGAUAGCAUAUUAUUCUCAGACGAAGAACAAGAGACAUUUUAACAGGACAUAGACAGAACCAUCUCCAAUGAGUGCGGACCAGCCCACCUUACCGAUCCUGAUACACGAGGAACACCAUCAUCAUGAGGGUGAAACUGUGGAGGAGAGUAAGCGUUCCCACACGGUGGAUGCAGCCAUUGACUUCAUAGGGGGGAUCAACGGUGCCAUUGCCUCUGUGUAUGUGGGCCAGUCUUUAGAUACAGUGAAAGUCAAGAUGCAGACUUUUCCCCACCUGUACAGGAACGCCCUGGACUGCUUCCUACAGACUUACCGACAGGACGGUGUCGCCCGGGGCCUGUACGCAGGCACAGUCCCCGCCCUGGUGGCGAACAUAGCCGAGAACUCAGUCUUGUUCCUGUUCUACGGCCUUUGUCAGAAGGCAGUCAUGGUCUUGAGGGGUAGGGCUGAGGUCUCCCAUCUGAGCCCUGUGGAGAAUGCCUUCUCAGGGAGUGGAGCAGCCUUCUUCUGUGCAUUUACACUCACCCCCACAGAGCUGGUCAAAUGUAGACUGCAAGCCAUGAGAGAAAUGGCCUCUCAGGGAAAGCUUGAAGGAGGACUAGAAAGGUUAAAACUAGGACCAUGGGGCAUCACCAAGGAGGUUCUUCAGGUGGAGGGUAUAAGGGGGCUAUUCAAGGGGCUGACUGCCACGAUGGCCCGUGAAAUGCCUGGGUAUUUCUUCUUUUUUGGGGGUUAUGAGUUCACCCGCCACAUGUUGACCCCUGAAGGAAAGACAAAAGAUGAGAUAGGGGCUGCAAGGACAGUGGUGGCAGGUGGUGUUGGGGGACUGUGUCUCUGGUCAUCCAUCUUCCCAACUGAUGUGGUCAAGUCUCGGAUACAGGUGGAGAGCACAGUUGGAAAGAUAGCCCCAGGAUUCCUGACCACAUUCAACAAAAUCCUCAAAACAGAAGGUCCCAAGGCGCUGUACAAGGGUCUCGGUCCAACGUUAGUGCGAACCUUUCCCGCCACUGGCUCCCUGUUUUUAGCAUACGAAACCACGAAAAAAUUCCUGACAAACUUGGCGGACGGAAGAUAAUGCUACACUCAGAUUUAGGAGUUGCCAUACAAAUAGAUAAAUAAUUGCAUGAUGACUUUAUGAAAACAGAAGAGCUGGAUAAUUUGAAUCUGUCAAUGCUAUUGAGAAUUGAACGUGAUUUGUUUAACUGCAUACAUCAAACACUUAUUGACAUCGUUCAGCAGAAAAUCGGGCUGUCGAGUUUUGCUGAGAUUGAUUUGACGUGGUCGAAGGUAAACAGACAUCGCUGGAAUCGUCAGCAUGGGAAUACUGUGACAGAUGUACAGAAUGGAGCCCUCGACUUUUACGUUCUGUAAACUGCUGCAGGAAAUUGCAGAGGACAAAUGAAUUCUCAUUUCUCCACAAUCACACUGAUUCACAGAAGAUCUGAUUAUAUUUGGGUUUUUUAUGCCCUAAGGAAUAUUUGUAUUGUGAUUUCUAUAUUAUUUUUUUAUUCUGUAUUUUUAGGGGAUCGUUUUAUUUUCCAGAUUGUCUGGCUAAACUAAAUAUUGAUAAAGUGUACUACUAUAACUUUAAUAAAUUGUCGAAAAUUUUCGAAGAAAUGUUUUAAGUUGUAAAUACUAGUAAUGUGUUAGCUAAUUGUUUACAAAUAAAGUAGAUGUAUGGAGUGAUUAUUUA